AUGCCGCGGCUGUAUUUCCCGAGUACAGCACCAGCACCAGCACCAGCACUCUGCACUGCGCUGCACUUUCACUGUGCCAGUCCGGCUUAUUUUGCCCAGACGCAACAAGAAGUUGGAAUAACGACAAACCCUGAAGGGCCAGAACUAGAACCUGAAUGA